AUGAACAGCUAUGUCGACCAGAGUCCUCGCUCUAUGGGCGGUGGACGAUUCCUCAGAGACCCUGGCGAUGGAAUCCGUUCCAAGUCCCAAAGCCCAUUUCGCCUCUCCAUGCCUUCAAUAUCGCCCGGCCAGGUUGCCUUUUCCGCAAUGCAAUACCUGCCUGUCCCUGUCAUCAUACUAAACAACCUCAAGACCGUUGUACUCGCCAACGAAGCCAUGGGGAGGAUGCUUGGCAUCAUCUCGGAUGAUUUGAGCGAUGAGGAUGUGUCGGCAACGAUGGAGAAGUUGCGUGGUCAGACUCUGCCACAGGUAGGCAUUGAUAUGAUCCAGGAUGGCCGCCCUGUAUGGGUUACAUGGGAGACCUUCCUCGACACCCUCAUCACUGAAGUCGGCAUACGGCCACCGGCCUCGAGCCAACAACGACGACAAUCUCACUUUGGAGCCGCCGGCGACGCCACGCCAACUGCCACCACCGCUCUUACUGAGCAGGUCAAGCCCAUCGAACGACCGACGCAGGAUGCGACAGUAGAGGUCGUCAUUACUAGAAAAGACAUCACCAAAACCGCAUUCAACAGCCGGUACAAGUCAAAAGAAUCCGAAUACCACGCCUUUGCCAAGAUGAUCAUUACCGUCUGGGAAAUCGAGGAUAAGCAAAUCUUCUUUACCUUGACCUUCACCAACACCCAGUCGGCUUCGCCGAUGCCGCCCAGUAACCGAAGGGCCAUCGCUCGAUCCAGCAUCCUUGAAGCUGUCGAGAAAAAGUCCAUUGCCACCUCGAACCCAUCGUCUGUCGCAUCUAGUCGAGACUCCAGCUCGCCCCUGUUUUACAGCCCGGGCGUCAUCACCAUGUCUUCGAGCCCGUUCCCUCCCAUGGGACCCCCGUCCAUUGCAUCUCAUUCGCAAGCAAGCACGCCUUCCGUGCUCCAGAAAAUGAUUAGGAUGAAGGACGCUCUCAUUGAUAACACGCAGAUGCCUGUCGUUGCCAUGUGGAAGGAUGGCAGUGUAACAUUUCCGAAUAAAGCGGCCAGAGAGCUCUUCCCCGUCGAUACCGAUCUCGACUCGUCUAGCGAUGGAUUUCACCUGCUGCAAAAAUGGAAAGUAUGGAACGAAGAUUUCACAAGGCAGCUGGAUGUCAGCGAGUAUCCAAUCUCCACUUUACUUCGGACGGAGACGCCGUUCGACAGCAAGCGUAUCGGCAUGUACGCACGCAGCGGGAAGAAGAUCAUAUUUGAUGUGCUGGGAGAAGGCAUCUACGAUGAGACCACACACGAAUUUCUCGCCGGCAUAGUGACUGGGCGUGAUGUGACAAUGAUGAGGGAGGAGAUUACUCAUAUCAAAGAGCGUGACGAGGAGCGGUUCAAGAUCAUUUGCGACGCCAUGCCGCAGCUUGUAUGGACAGCACGCCCAAACGGAAUGCACGAUUUCUUCAAUACGAAAUGGUACGCGUACACCGGCCUGACUCCCGAGCAGUGUGUUGGCCUGAACUGGCAAGCUGCCAUUCAUCCUGACGAGUUGCCCGAGGCUCGCUCCCGGUGGAGUCGCUCUCUGGAAACUGGAGAUCCCUAUGUCAUGGAAUACCGUUGCCUUAGCAAGGAGGGAGAGUGGCGGUGGUUUCUCGGCCGUGCACUUGCUGUGCGCGACAAGGAAACGGGUAACAUUGAGAAAUGGUUUGGAACUUGCACCGACAUUCACGAGAGCAUGCAGACGAAAUUGAGUGCUAAGCGUACUCGCCAACAGUUGCUAAGCGUGAUUGCCCACUCGCAUACCACCAUCUUCACUGUUGACCCCGAGCGCCGUGUUACGAUGCUGGAGGGCGCCUUGAUCUGGAACAGCGCCUCUGAAGACAACCACGAGAAAAGCAGGUGGUUUAUUGGAGAGAACAUGUACACAGUUUUCAACCGAAUCUCGGGACGGGUGCUUGACGCAGAGCGUCUUAAGUGGCUUCAACCUAUUGAGGACAUUCUUGAAGGAAGGAGCAAUGAAGAUGUGAAGGAACAUGCCCUCGACGACCGCUGGUAUCGAACACGAUUUCAUCCAAUGCUCGGCAAAAAGACCAAGGAUGGGAUGGCUACCAAGGAGACGUGUAUUGAGGGGGCCAUCGGUGUAAUAAUGGAUGUCACUGAACUGAAAAUCAGAGGGGAAGCCUUGCGAGAGCAGUCUAAGGAGAAGCGUCGCGCAAUGGCAAAUGAGGCUGCUGCUAAAGAAGCUACCAGGCUGAAGAGCCAGUUCUUGGCCAACAUGUCCCACGAAAUCAGGACGCCUAUUACUGGGGUUCUUGGCAUGGCAGAAUUGUUGAGCGAUAUGGAGCUGAGUAAGGAGCAGCGUGAAUAUGUCGACAACAUUCAAAGCUCCGCUACAUCGCUGCUCACCGUAAUCAACGAUAUCCUGGAUUUUUCAAAGGUAGAAUCGGGUCGCUUGGACAUUGAAGAAGUCCAGUUUUCCCUCUCUCACAUUGUUCAAGAUGUGAGGAAGAUGCUCAAGUUUGCUGUUGAACGGAAAAACCUAGAUUUUCGAUCCGACGUUGGGAAGGACAUUGCCAAUGAACGCGUGGUCCUUGGUGACCCCGGCCGGUUGCGGCAGAUCAUUACCAAUCUCCUCACAAACAGCAUCAAGUUCACCAAUCAGGGAUAUGUGAGAUUUUCGGUGGUCAAGGAGCGCGAAACGGCCGAGACAAUCGAGGUUCGCUUUGUCAUUGAAGACUCGGGAAUUGGCAUUGAGGACGAUGUUCGCAAGAAGCUGUUUAAGCCGUUCAGCCAAGGUGAUCCGUCUACGGCGCGGAAAUUUGGCGGCACUGGACUGGGAUUGACAAUCUGCAAGAACUUGCUGGACCUGAUGAAUGGUCGCAUCAAGUUGGAAUCCAAUGUGGGCUCGGGCACGAAAGCCACGUUUUGGAUCCCUUUUAUGAAGCCGACGGGAGCCCCAGCUCCUACGUUGGUAGAACCGGGGGCCAUUCCCGACCGGCUGCAGUCUGAGCUGAGCCUGUCAUGCAACAGCUCAGAAUAUGAGCAGGUGACAGGCGCUUCCCAAGGCUCGGAUGGCGUUACGAGUAACUCUGCUGGCAAAUCUCGUCGGCGCCCAUCCCUACGGACGCCCCCUCCAGCCGAGCAGGAGCUGCCUCUAUCCGAACGAUCGCGAUUGCAUAUAUUGGUGGUAGAGGAUAACCCGGUAAAUCAAAAAAUUGCCACACGUACAAUUGGAAAGCUUGGCUUCCAGGUCUCGGCGACUUGGAAUGGCAAAGAAGCGUUGGACUACAUGAUUGGCGCAUCAAAGGGCCAAAACAAAAUGCCCGACAUUAUACUAAUGGAUGUGCAGAUGCCCAUCAUUGAUGGUUACAAAUGCACCCAUCUUCUUCGACAUCAUCUUCCAUACAAAACCCUUGUUCAAAAUGUGCCCAUCGUGGCCAUGACUGCAUCUGCAAUCCACGGAGAUCGUGAGAAGUGUACUAGAGCCGGCAUGGACGACUAUCUACCGAAACCGGUGACAAUGAAGGUGUUGGAGAAGAUGCUGAUCAGAUGGUCUCUGACACGGCGUCACCCCCAAUCGGAGCCGCCUGCUUCUGAUUGCUCCGAGAUGGGUGAGCAUUGUGACAAUGCAGACAUCCCGCAUCUGGGCAUCGAAGAGAGCGACCCAUCUCCUCUUUCAGCAUCUGAAGAAUUUCAUACUAGCCCAGUUACACCACGACCACUUACAACCAAUGGAGAGCACGAGCCUUCGCCAUUUGACUCUGCUAUUGCGGUCGAAAUGUCACCUCCAAUCCGCCGACUUGAAGAUGAGCAAGAGUGGUCGAACAUGCUUCAUGAGACGAAGCUCAUUGAUGCGGCCGGAGGUGUACCGGCCGACCUUCGCAACAAUUCUCUUCCCGAGCCGGGUACAGGGGAGGCUCUGACUGAAGAGAAUGUCAACAAGCUGGAGAACGGAACGGGGACCUGA